GGCAACAUGUCAAGGGGCCUUAAAAUGGAUAAGCCGCGCUCCAAAGGUUUGAGACAGGGAAAGAGAGAGAGGUUUUCAUCGCUAUUGAUACCAAACGAGCAAAAUCUUUGAUGCUUGAUGAGUAUCCAUGGCGUCCUUAACCUUCUUUUGCCAAUCGAUCCCUUUGAAAUCUAAGUUUUGGGGUGAGAAAAAUGGAAGGGUACACACAAGUUCCCCUGUUAUAGGAAUUGGAUUCUUUAGGAAGAAUGUGGAGUGCAAAGAAUCAAGGGUAGGAAAGCACCCCAUUGAAGUUCCAUCCAGUGUGACUAUAACAUUGGAUGGCCAGGAUUUGAAGGUGAAGGGUCCUUUGGGUGAGCUAUCAAGAACUUACCCACGUGAAGUCAAAGUUGAAAGACUUGACCCUACAACACUGAAGGUCUCCAAAGCGCUGGAUACUAGAAGAGCAAACCAAAUGCAUGGUCUUUUCCGGACUCUCACCGACAACAUGGUGGUUGGAGUGUCCAAGGGCUUUGAGAAAAGACUCCAACUAAUUGGAGUGGGUUAUCGAGCUACGUUGGAGGGGAACGAUUUAGUUCUUAACCUUGGUUUCUCUCACCCAGUGAGGAUGCCCAUUCCAAAAGAGAUUAAAGUGAAGGUGGAAGAUAAUACCAGGAUUGCAGUUAGUGGUUUUGAUAAAUGUGCAGUCGGUGACUUCUCAGCUUCCAUUAGGAAGUGGAGACCACCCGAACCCUACAAAGGCAAGGGAGUCAAAUAUGCAGAUGAGGUUGUAAGGAGGAAAGAGGGCAAAGCUGGGAAAAAGAAGUGAAAAUAAUUAGGUCUUUUCUCUUUUUCAAUCUUUUCUUUUGCCUAGUGUAACUUCCUUUUUCUCAGUUUCUUAAUUGCAUAAGCAUUUCUAUUUCUAGCUU